UGCUAAUUCCUUCCUCAAGCAGAGCUUGGCAAAUUUAUUGCAGAUGAGAUGCGGACAAGCAGUGACUUGAAACAUGACUGAGACAACCGGCCUCACUGUAGUCACUUCCCUGGUCUUAGAGUUGUGCCAGACAGGCCAAGAGACAUGGACAUAUAAUAAAAGUUCAGUAGAAUUAAUUUUAACUUAGAUAACCUGCUCUAGGUUUGGAACUGGGAUUCUAGUUGUGAAACUUUAUCUAUUACAACUUAAACCCUAAAGAGAUUUAGUCAUCUGCACUUAAUUUACUACGUGAACUUUGACUUCCAUACUAAAUAAAUAGAUUGUGCUUCAAGAUUGUUUUCUUGGCUCGUACAUGAGAAGUUGUGUAUUAAUAGUGGAGUGCUUGUGAUUUCAUCUGCUCUUUGUGUUUUGCUGUCCACUAAAUGUACUAUGGUGACAGCUGCUGUCACUAAAAGCACCUAACCUAUUGCACUCAAAGUAUAUAAUGCUUUUUGAGGUUGCUGCUCCCAUCAGUCUGCUCAGUAAAAAUAGCUCAUCUUGUAAUGGAGGGGAAAGUUCGAGUCGCAGCGCAGAGAAACGGGCGGCUAAUGAAGAAGCUGAAGACUUCACCACAAAGCCUGCUCCUGCCAAAAUGUCCAAGUUUGGAUUUUCCAUAGGCAGUCAGACAUCAAAGAAGGCAUCUGCAAUAUCCAUCAAACUAGCAGCAAAUAAGCCUAAAGAGCCCGUUCCAACCCUUGCUCCAAAAACCCUUUCUGUAGCAGCGGCUUUCAAUGAAGAUGAAGAUAGUGAACCAGAAGAAAUGCCUCCAGAAGCUAAGAUGCGUAUGAAGAACAUUGGAAGGGAUACACCAACCUCAGCCGGACCAAAUUCCUUCAAUAAAGGAAAGCAUGGGUUUUCUGACAACCAGAAGCUAUGGGAGCGAAAUAUAAAAUCUCAUCUUGGAAAUAUCCAUGACCAAGAGAAUAACUAAACAACGUGGAUUGAGAUUUGGGUGUCUGGGGGGAGGGGAGGGUGUAACAUUAAAGGAACAGUCUCCUUUUUUAAGAAUGGUGUAAGACUAUCUUUGGAGCCACUUUUUUAAGAUUUUGAGUGGUACACUAAUAACUGAGUUUGAAAUUAGAGGUAAUUUAUGUUUUGUAUACAGAUCUCAAGGCAUUUGCUAAUUUUGUAGUUCCAUGUGAUUAGUUUCAAAAGGUUACAGAUAAUAAAGAAAUUGGAGUGGUACCUUUUUUAGAUUUUUUUUUUUUAAUUUUUAUUUUUUGUCAGUGAUUAAGAUGGAGGAAAAAGGUUACUGUCUCUUUAAUCAGGUUAACAUAGAGUGCUCUUGCAUUCUUAUUUCUGGCUCCCUCUUCCUAACAGGAGAAACAGUUGGUUCCUGGGAAUACUGCUAAAGAGUGAGCAUUGUCUUGUGCUAGAAGUGUUACUGGACUAUUAAUUUGAAUAAGAACUUAAACAGGAAACAUUAAGAACCUGGAUUUCUUUUCCCCCUCCCUCCCCCCUUGCAGUUAACUUUUUGUUAAGUCUUUGCAAACUAGGAAUUAUGUUGCUCUGAGUGGCUCUGGUAACUUAGCUCUAAUUUUGUUUAAAACUUCAUGUAGGAUGUGUAACAUUCUGUGGCCUGUUUUCAUCCUGAGGAAAUGGGCCUUGUCUGUAUAUUAGAUACAGUCUGUAAAGAAUAUUCACUACAAGGUUAAAUCAGUAUUUUCAAUGUGCUCCUCUUUAAGUCAUUAGCCUUGAGUAGUGCUUGUUAGCAUUUCCUUGUGAAUUAAAUAGAGACUAAUAUUAAAUGCAGUAAUGAGUGGUACACAAAGGCCACCACCAAAAGGACAAGAUAAUGUACGUUAAGCUUCCCGUUUGGUUGAAAUCUUUUUCUUUACUAUGCCUAGAAGGAAUAAAAGCCACACCAAAAAAUCAAUAACUCACUGCUUAAGUAUGAAAAACCUUAAGAUGCACUUUCCCUGUCUUGCCCUGUAAAACAAAAUGCCUUGAUGCCCGUGACUUGCAUGGGUUUCAAACCCAUGGUUCUGCAGUGCUAAUACGUGUGGUAUCAACUAGAAAUAAAAGGCAUCCUCUUCCUGUCUGUCUGCCUUUUGCAGUAAUUAGGAAAAACGAUGAAGUAACAGCUACAACAACAACAAAAGAGCUUGAAAAAAACCUAAGGUUCUUUCUGGACUCCAAUACCUGAUAGCAUCAACAGCUACUUUCAUUCUAACCUGGAACUGACUGUAGAACUCGAUAUAUUAAUUGCUUUCAUCCCUUCUCUAAAGCUUUUCUUCACGCUCAAUUUCAACCUGCAAGCGCAGAAAGGAAAGUGCAUCUAAAGUGGUAUUUCUUUUUUUUAUUUGAAUUUUAGGAAAGCUCUGACCACGUAGACCUUUGAGUUUGUAUGUUCUAAAAAAAUAUUUUUUGUAUUUUUGUAUUGUACGUGUAAUCUUUUUUUCUUUUGAAGUCUGAUGCAGUCGAAUACCUGUAACUAUUUUCUUUAAAAGCCUUGUUAUAAACGUAACAUAAAAACAUAUACAUUAUUAUUAUUA